GAAAGAGGGAGGAGAAUGCUCAUACCAGCUCUACCACUCCGCUAGGUGGCAGCACCGUAAUAAAAACACUCUCACUAUCUCAGUGGCACAUGCGCACAGGAUCCGACUGUCCGGAAAUGAAAAUAAAUUCAGUGACGGAAGAAGAAAGAUGGAGGCGGCAGUGUUCAUUCUGUCACUGGUGGACUGCUGUGCACUGAUUUUCCUCUCGGUCUACUUUAUUAUCACACUGUCUGAUCUAGAAUGUGACUACAUCAAUGCUAGAGCCUGCUGCUCCAAGCUCAACAAAUGGGUGAUUCCAGAGAUGGUUGGCCAGUGUCUUUCCACCAUGCUGAUGCUGGUCUCCAUGCACUGGUUCAUCUUCCUCCUCAACCUGCCUGUAGCAGUGUGGAACAUUUAUAGAUACGCAAAGGUUCCGAUGGGAAACAUGGGUGUGUUUGACCCCACUGAGAUCCACAACCGAGGUCAGCUCAAGUCCCACAUGAAGGAGGCCAUGAUCAAACUGGGUUACCACCUGCUCUGCUUCUUCAUUUAUCUGUACAGCAUGAUCCUGGCUCUGAUCAAUGACUGAAGCACCCAGCAAGCUCUCAGGCCCUCUCCAGGGAGUGCUGUGUCCCCCUCACAUCCUGCUCCUCUACUGUAUGCAUACAAUCUUUCAGAACAGCACAUCGCUGCAGUCUUAAAGAGUAUUGACUUUGAUCCAAUAUGUAUAUUUAAACAUUAACACUCCAGUACCAUCACAACAAAAUCUCCUCCAACUGCUGUGUUAUUGUGAUGUGGACUGUAAUUUAUUUGAUUCAACCUGUGUCUGCAGCAGUGAGUCAGUACAACAGC